CUGACGUUGCAGCAGCAGUCUUGUCUCAUGUUUACCUCCUCUCGCUGCUCCUUUCGCUAAAUGAGAGUGAGGAAUGGCGUGGACGACAACGGUGGACGACAUGUCACCGUUCCUGCUAAACGUGUAACCGGAGGAACGUUCACGGGACCGUAUGGAUACAGCUGGCGGCGACAAUUGGCGAAGACGCACGAGGAGCGCGCAAGCCUGCCCUGGUGCACGAGCGGACGAGUCCGGCGUGCUGCGGUGUCUGAACGUGGGGAACACGGAAGGAGAUCAUGACAUGGAGGAGGACAGCGGGCUGUUCAAGCAGAAGCCCAGGGCGCCCCGCUACAACCUGCUACGGGAGGUGGGCCGGGGUACGUACGGGGUUGUGUACGAGGCCGUGGCCCGCAGGUCCGGGGCUACGGUGGCCGUGAAGAAGCUGCGAUGCGACGCACCAGAAAACGUGGAGCUCGCCCUGCAGGAGUUCUGGGCGCUGACGAGUCUGGAGAAAAGGCAUGAGAACGUGGUGCAGCUGGAGGAGUGUGUGCUGCAGAGGAACGGGAUGGCUCAGAAGAUGAGCCACGGAAACAAACGGUCCAAACAGUACCUGCGACUGGUGGAGACUUCCCUGAAAGGUGAGAGAGUUCUCAGUCCUCCAGAGGAGCCCUGCUACCUGUGGUUCGUCAUGGAGUUCUGUGAAGGAGGGGACCUCAACCAGUUCAUCCUGUCUCGGCGGCCCGACCCACAAACCAACAGCAGUUUUAUGCUCCAGCUUACAAGCGCCGUUGCGUUCCUGCACGAAAACAACAUUGUGCACAGAGACCUAAAACCAGACAACAUCCUUAUUUCAGAGAAGUCGGGGAGUCCGGUUCUCAAGGUGGCUGACUUUGGCCUGAGUAAAGUUUGCGCUGGUUUAGGAAAUACCAGUGAGGGCAAGGAGGGCGAAGACAAGAGUAAAAAUGUCAACCUUAACAAGUACUGGCUGUCAUCUGCGUGUGGCUCAGACUUCUUCAUGGCUCCAGAGGUGUGGGAGGGCCACUACACAGCCAAAGCUGACAUCUUUGCCCUAGGUAUCAUCAUCUGGGCCAUGCUGGAGAGAAUUACCUUCAUUGAUGCAGAGUCUAAGCGGGAGCUGCUUGGAACGUAUGUGAGACAGGGAGCGGACAUUGUACCGGUGGGUGAGGCGCUGCUGGAGAAUCCAAAGAUGGUGCUGAACAUCCCACUGAAACGCAGGUCAUGCAUGUCAGACAAAGUUAGGAAGCUCCUUCAGGACAUGCUCGCUGUCAACCCUCAGGACCGGCCUGAUGCUUUUGAGCUACAGGCCAGAAUGGACCACGUGAUGUAUGCUACAUGACCCUCAACCAGACUGCUCUACAGAUGUGUUGCUGCCUGGAGCUGCUCCACCACCCAGAGUCUUCCUGUGUUGAGUCUGAUGACUGUGAAGAUAAAGGAAGGUCAAAGAAAAGCAGUUCCUCUGCAGUUUAGAUGCUGAAAAUGGGAUUUUUGUUUUCUUGGAGCUUUUCUGAUGGAGAAUGUCUUGUAACUGAUGUAGCCACAGCUCUGUCAGAGAACAGAGGUCUGGAGAAAUUCCCACCACAAUCUUGCCACGGUGACGCUGUGAUCGCCUCGGCACUAAAGUCUUUCAUGAACGUACUGACAAUCAGAUACUGCUGCUGUAGACCUCUCACUUCCUGUGAUGGAGUAUGUUGGGUGGAGUCUGGUCCUGUGAGAUGUUCUGCUGCUGAUGGUCGGGGCUGGGAUGAUGCGUUUCUGAUAAACUGAGUGUUUUUGCAAAAGUUCUUCAGUUAACAUCAGAUCUGGUGGCAGCAAUGACAGAAAACGGUGUCACCUGCCACCUUCUGCAUUUCUCCAGACAUCUGUUGCUUUCCUCUGAGAUGCACUACUCAAGCUGUGGUCAUCAGCAGGCCUGGAUGUAUAAAAUGCUCCGUCAUAUCUGUAAGAUGUUAUUUUGAUAUCAGCUUCAUGGUAUCGUUAACUUUCCUAUAAUUCAAUUUAAAGAAUUUUGGCUUAUCUUGAUAAUCAAUACUUAACGCAAAAAUCUCGAUAAUUCAAUAUUGUAAUUCAGUAAUGAUACAACCAGAGCUUUUACAGAGACAGUAUGAGCAGCAGAGAACAUUUGUGAGAGUUGACAAACAACCCUAUUAGCCACUAUUACACUUUCAGAUAUGUUUAGCCUGUGCUCAUUCUAAUGGGAUCCUGUUUUCAUCAGUCUGUCAGCCUGGAGGCACUGAGAUCACUCCAAAAAAGUUCCUAUUCGUUGUAUCUAUAGCAUGAUAAACGUACAGCGCCUGUCCAAGACAGUCAGUAGGUUGUGCUUGAAGCGGGACCUCAUCUCCAUCCUGGUUAUAAAUGACCCACACAGGAUCAUGUUGCAACUCUAAUUUCCCAUUCAGGUCAAAAGAUUCGCUGCUUCAUCCUCUUUGAUUUGAGACAAGUACAUCAUUAAGGGUGUGUGAUCAUUAUGUAGUCCACUAUUCACCAUGUUUUUCACCAUUUAAAGCAUUACUGUGGAUGAGGAAUGAUUCAUGUAAUUUGCCUCAUCCCCCCCAAAAAUCCUUAAUGAUGUAAUUAGUAAUGAGACAGACAAUUAAGUAAUGAGACAGGAAUUAAGAGCAUGUAUGCAUUUAGUGUUUUACUGCAACAGUUAUUUGUGAAGUCAUGUCUUUAAAGGGAACUCCAGGGGCUGUUUGAACAGGUGCUGUACAUGUUAAAGGUCCAGUGUGUCGGAUCUACAGGGAUCUCUUCACAAAUCAGUGUAUUAUCACCUGAAAAUAAGAAAUGUGUGUUCGUUACCUUAGAAUGAAACCUUGUGUCCGUCAUGUUCUACUGCCAUCAGCAGACCAACCAAGCUCCAACGAGCUCCGCCGGUGGUUCUCCUUUAGUCUGUAGCCUCACUGCUAGAUGCCACUUAAUCCUACACACUGCACCUUUAAAGAAACAAAGCCAGUAAUUUCACUGAAAAUGAGGGCCCAUUAUGCUUUUCAAGUUAUUUUGAACCCCACACGAAUAUGUACUGUGAUCAGAAGUGGAAUGUGAAAAAUGGUGAGUUUGGAGUUGUUUUGUAGAAAGAGCCACAGAGGAAAAUUUGGAUGUUGGUCCCAGAGUCCAGUGGUACUAUUCGGACAUGGAAUGACUCCAAAGUUUUGGACGUAAUUGUACUACCUCUUGUUUAUGGACUUUUUCACCAUUUCUUUACUGAACUGUUGUUAAUUUUUCCAACAAAGAAUUCCUCAGUUAGAGAAGAAGCUUGCCAGAUGUCAUUUUCAUGUCAAGUUAAGUGCGCUUGCUGGCUUCAUUGAGGUUUCUUAUAUGCAAUAAUGUUAAUUCAUGUUAAAAAGUACUGGAUAAAUAUACAGUUAUUAACAAAACUUCCAUCCGCUUGUAAAGACCAUGUGUAUCGUGGCAGUGUAGAGUUUUCAGUGACUCCUAGAACUUUUCUUUGUUGGGGUCAUUGAAACACAUGAAUCUUUAUCAUGUAUUUUGGUUCUUAAAUAGAUGUAUUCCACGUCUUUUAGAUAAAUGCCAAAAUUGCGAGGUCAGAAAUAUACAUACAUCAGCUUAAAAGGUUUGUUUUGGUAAUGUAGAAAACUGUUCAACCAAUUUUCUAAGGGGCAUGGCCUCGAAAUGUCUCGUAAAUGAUUACAGUUGAAUACAACUAAUGACUUCUCUACGCCAAUUUGAUUAGGAACCGUUUUAUUGGCUCAUUUGUCAGCCACAAACAGUCCAGUAGGAAAAUCUGAGCAGUUCAUCAAAGAUCGAAACAAACAAAUUAGUGACUUAAAUAAAUCAGGAAGUUCAUAUGAAGCAAUUUCAGUUCCCAAAAAUGUGUGGAAAGUAGAAAGUUUGUGUUUUCUCCCUGAUCAAGAGAAAACGCAAACCUUCAACCAAGAAUCAACGAAAAGCAGAUCUGCAAGAAUUGGAAGCUGCUGGAGCCCAGGUGUCUGUUUUCCAUCAGCAUGGACUGAGAGGCUGCUGUAAUAGAAGGAAGAUACUUCUAUAGAGGUGCUUCUGAAGCCUCGACUGGAGUUUGCUAAAUGUGUCACAAACAAGCAAGUGUUUCAGUCAUUCUCUGACUGAAAAUACAGAGUUAUAAGUCAUUGGAGAUUCCAGACUGUCAUGAUCUACGCGGUCUUAUAAGUGGAUGGAAACUUUGCUUCACAGCUAUUGAAGCAUCACACAGGUUUAGAAUCAGCUGUGGGCAUGUCUUAGUCCUGAUGCACUGGUAGAAAUGUGUUUACGCUUCUACAGAUGUUUACACACCUUUAGCUCACUUCCUGUACUUCUGUGAAUGACAUACCUCAGUUCUCCUCCUUUGUUUCACUAAUGUAUGAAUAUUUUGUUGUGUUCUGAUAAUCUUGAACUGGAGGAGAAGUGAGACGAGCUAAUGGAGGAGCUGAGCUUAGGAUGGUCAGCUCACACAUUCUUGUCAUUUGUCAGAGUUAUUCAGAGUUAAGUGUAUUUUAUUUUUAAGGGAUGUUCUUAAAUGUCGAGCAGUUUCAGCAAAGUGACACGCAUUCCCUUUGCUGUCCAUGAAACAACCUCUGGAUGUUUUUCUUGUUGCUUGGAUAACGGGAACACACUGUCUGACUAAACUCCAGUGACUGAUGGAUAUCUUGUUUUACAUGCAACACUCUUCUAUGCAACAGUGUCUUCCUGGAGACGCUGUGGAGCAGUCCAGGCCUGGCUCGUUUAGUUCUGGUCCUCUGCUUCUGACUCUAUUUGUUUUUACAAUUCCUGGUUGUACAUGGUUGCUACUAUGUAAAGCUAUUUGUUUCAGUUGAAAUAUGUUUUUGUUUUUUGCAUACUUUGUACGUAUCAGAGCUCUGUUUCAAUAAAGGUUGGAAAUACCAUGAA